GCAGGGCGGCCACAGAGGGGGUGUGGGUAGGGACCGCGCCAUGCCGCUGCAGGACGACACCCUCCGGGAGGUGUGGGCCUCCGACAGCGGGCAUGAGGAAGGCGGGAGCCCCGAGGUCCAGCGGCGCCCCAAGCAGCGAGCCCGAGGACAGAAGUUAAAGAAGAGGACGGAGGCCCCUCAUUCCCCCGGCCCGUCGGGGUCCCAGCCCAGGAGAGCUGGAGGCGGGCGGGGAGCGGAGCCCGGGGGCGCCCCCCAGGCCGGGUGGACGGGGCGGCCGCGGGAGGAGCCCGCCCCGGAGACCGUCUACACCAGGUUCCUCAGGGACCCCGAGGCCAAGAAGCGCGACCCCCGAGAGACCUUCCUGGUAGCCGGAGCCCCGGGCGCGGAGGACGAGGAGGAGGAGGAAGAAGAGGAGAGCAAUGAAGAUGAAGAGGAAGAAGAGGGGGGAAAGAAAGAGAAAAUCCCUCUGCCUCCCAAGAAGCCCUCUAAAGAGAAGGCUUCUGCAGGCAUCCAGGAGAGGAGGGCCAAGGCCCGGGGUCCAAAGGGGGGCCCAGGAAGCCCUGCACCCCCACCAAAACCUCUGCGCAUUAAGAAGAAGGUGCCAGCAGGGGAAGGGUCCAAGACAAGAAAGACAAAGAAGAAAGGGUCUGGGGAAGCUGACAAGGACCCCUCAGUGAGCUUGGCCAGAGUGCAGAAGAUCCCAGCAGCCUUGUUUCUGGUUGGGGACGAUGGCCCAGCUGAGAAAGCUCUGAAGAAGAAAGGCAUUCCCAAAGGCUCAGAAGAGGAGAGGAAGGAGGAAGAGGGCGAGGAGGAAGAAGUGGCAGCGGGGGCGACCAAGAACAGCAAUCAGAAGGGCAAAGCGAAAGGAAAAGGCAAAAAGAAAGCGAAGGAGGAGAGGGCCCCGUCCCCACCCGUGGAAGUGGGUGAGCCGCGGGAGUUUGUGCUCCGGCCUGCGCCCCAGGGCCGGACGGUGCGCUGCCGGCUGACGCGGGACAAGAAGGGUAUGGAUCGGGGCCUGUAUCCCUCCUACUUCCUGCACCUGGACUCGGAGAAAAAGGUGUUCCUCUUGGCUGGCAGGAAACGGAAACGGAGCAAGACAGCCAAUUACCUCAUGUCCAGCGACCCUACCAAUCUGUCCCGAGGAGGGGAGAACUUUGUUGGGAAGCUGAGGUCCAACCUCCUGGGGAACCGUUUUACCGUCUUUGACAGCGGGCAGAACCCGCACCGCGGAGGCAGCGCUGAUGUGGGGAGUCUUCGGCAGGAGCUGGCAGCUGUGAUCUAUGAAACCAACGUGCUGGGCUUCCGAGGUCCCCGGCGCAUGACGGUCAUCAUUCCGGGCAUGAAUGCUGACAACGAGAGGGUCCCCAUCCGGCCCCGAAAUGCCAGUGAUGGGUUGCUGGUACGCUGGCAGAACAAGACACUGGAGAGCCUCAUUGAGCUGCACAACAAGCCACCUGUCUGGAAUGAAGACAGUGGCUCCUACACCCUCAACUUCCAAGGCAGAGUCACACAGGCCUCGGUCAAGAACUUCCAGAUUGUCCAUGCUGAUGACCCUGACUAUAUCGUGCUGCAGUUCGGUCGCGUGGCCGAGGACGCCUUCACCCUAGACUACCGGUACCCGCUGUGCGCCCUGCAGGCCUUCGCUAUCGCCCUCUCCAGUUUCGAUGGGAAGCUAGCUUGCGAGUAACGCCAGCAGCCCCCAGCGUCCCCACAGCCCGCCAGGGUCGGGGAAAGGAUUCAGUGGAGGCUUGCAGGGUUCCUUCACCAAAGCCCCCACUGAAGACUCCUCCUUUGUUGGGAGCUGACCCCUACUGUCUUCAGGUGACCUCCACCCACCCCCCCAGCCUGGCACAGGCCGAGGGAGGGGAGGAGCUCAGGCGGCGGGUCCGAAGCAGAUGAAGAACAUCUGGAGUUGGAGCCGCACAUCUGGUCGCGGAGCUAGCCUGUGCCGCUUCACACACACACAUGCACACACACUCCCCCCCCCCCCCCG